GGUAUGACAAACCUCAAGUAUGUGUUCACCAGCGAGCCAAAGCGUACAUUUCCCAUAAAACCCCUCGUCCCCCAUUAGACAGACAGACAGAGACAAAUAGACAGAUAGAUGGAUAGACAGACAGAUAGUGUAAUACGAAGCAAUCUUUAUUUUCUACAUUUGCAAGUAAAGUAUUUGUCCGAAAUUUACAUAAAUAAUUAUGAUAACGCUUAAAAUAAAUCCAGAGUGCUUACAUGACAUACAUUUCCAAAGAUUUGGCAGACUGACAUCUUAAAGCAACAAACGGGUUUCAGCGUUUUGCUGCAUAGACGAAACAUGUUGUAAGACUACAUUUCCCAUAACCACCCUGUGUUUAAAAUCCCCCCACCCCAAGUAAAUGAGGUUUGUGGGAUUUGAUCGCCUUCAGCGGUGGGAGGCGAACCUCUUCCUUAAGUGGCUCUUGCUGCUAUGAACUACAUUUCCCACAAACAAGCAGCGCUCAAGCGUUAACUGCUGGGCUUAUCCUUAACCAGAGAGGAGAUUGGCUCUAUGCUUCAAUACUGCAGGCAGACACCGGUUUUAUGAAGUAAUAAGAUCUGAGGCUCCUUUCAUGUCAUCCCUGUGUGGAGUCGGCAUGGCGCAGCAGGAGAAGAAGGAGGAGGAGAAGGACGAGUACAGCCUGGAGGCGAAAUUUACCGCUGCGGUUCAAGUGAUCCGGAGUUUGCCGGAUGAAGGUCCUUUCCAGCCUUCAGAUGACAUAAUGCUGAGGUUUUAUAGCUACUAUAAGCAGGCUACCAUGGGGCCCUGUCACAUCCCCAGACCGACUGGCUUCUGGGACACUGGAGGCAAAGCUAAAUGGGACGCGUGGAGUUCUCUGGGAAACAUGACAAAAGAGGAAGCCAUGAAGAAUUACAUAGAGCACAUCCAGCUGAUUUUGGAGACCAUCCCAAUCUCAGAGGAAGUUACAGAGCUGGUGCAGAGGCUUGGCAACUUCUACACCGAGGUGGACGGAGAGGGAGAGGAGGAAGGAAACGAGGCAGUCAGGAGGCCCUUCACCAGGCCUUUUGCGGAGCACGCAGAGGAGCUGGUUAAAUCGAUAAAGAAGCCAACAAUGGAAGGCUAUGGGGAUCUGUGGGAGGACAUACAAAACGUCCAGGAGAGCGACAGAGACCGCAGUGUCCUGAGACGAAGUGCGAGCAGCGAGGAGGCCGAGGGAGGCACAGUGAUAUCAGAGGAAAGUGGGGAGAACUGGAACGACGACUUCUGCGCCGACAACGUGGGGACCAGAGAUUGGGACCAGGACCCACGCUUUUUAACCGUGGAGGACAGAAGGUGGCGGUCUGACACUAAGGGGUCCAACAGCAGCCUGGAGCCCAGCGUGUCGUCCUUCACCAACGGCACGCACAGCUCCCUCAACAGCGAGGUGGAGGAGGAGGAGCUGGCCUGCUCCAUGGAGCCCACUGGACUCCAUAACCCAUACCUGCACUUUAAUGGACACUUUAACGACGACCACGAUGCUAAUCCUGAGCGGAACCAUCGACCCACAGACUCUGACAACGAGGAAUUCUGUGACUCAAUGGAGCAUCUGGCCAUGGAGGAGCGGCUGCCUCCGUCUAAAGGCCAGUCCCCCGGGUCAGGAGCUACAUCGGUGAAGACGAGUGACGUUUGGUUUGAGAGCAGCACAACCCUGAAAGAUGCCCAAGAUGAAGGGCCGACGGGAGAUUUCUGCACGAAGGAAAGAGCGGCGUCGAGGAAGCACAGCAGCUCCAUGUCGAAACGAGGACGAGGUUCGCCCAGAGGCGCCUGCAUCCCUCUGCGUUGUGUAAGCGCAGACGCUGCCUGUGACUGCGUGUUGCGGAGCAGACAUCCUGUCGUUGCAACGAGGGGAAGCACGAACGAGCAAAUAGCAGCUGCUCUGCGGAGGCUGCAGCACAACAUGGCCGACGUGCUGCACAGGCUGCACGCUCUAGAAGAGCUCACCAGGUCACAGUCAAGAUCUCCGUCUCCAAGAGAGGAAGGCUUGUUACCCGUUCCACGAAAGCUCCUGAGGCCAUCUUGGUGGCCUUUCCACCUCUCUCCACUCACUGUGGUGUUGACGGCGCUCUGGCCUCUUGUCACCCACUGGCUUGUCCAACUUUAUUUCCAACGUAAAAGAAGGAAAAUACCGUGAGGGCUCUGACACUCGACAGGAACCAAAAAUGCACUUUUGUUUCGCUGUGGCUUCACUGAAGCCAACGUUCCAGAUGUGGAGUUAUGAAACUUGAAUCUGAAAGCUGCAGGAAAUUGGUGGUUUCUCCUAAGCAAGGGGAGCCCUGUUAGGUGUGUGAGAAGAUUUAAUUAUAGCCUGUAGCCAUAAAAUGACUGAAAUGAAAUGAUAGUUUAUGAUUAUACAAUGACUAUAGUUCACCACUAUUGGGGGGUUUCUAGAUUCUCAUUAUUAUUUAUUUGGUGGCUCAUGAUUGUGCAAUUUAGUUAAUUUUAAUGUCUCGGGAAGAUAUAUUUAUAAAUUAUAAAUCAGUGUUUAACUUGUGUAUUUAUUUAUUUAUUUUUAUGUUUAAAUAGGCUGAGGGUAUUUCUCUUAAUAUCUGAUAUACAUUUUAUGUAGCAAGCAGAAAUUUUAAUAUGUAGCUUGUCGCUGCAGUGAAGUAAUAAAUAAUGAUUCCUCCAUCUACAUGGAGAGGUAGCUGAGUCAAAAGCUGACUGCUGAGUCAGCUUUUUAUAUUUAUUUAUUUUUUUGUAAUUUAGAAAAAAGAAAAAUAUAUGCUUUAAAAAAUGAAAAACAAUAAUAGCAGCAAAGAAACUGCUACAGAAGUAUUGAACAAGGUUUGCAGUAAGUGGGUUCAGGUGUCUGUUUAUGUCAUAAUACUGCCUCCAUUUGCAACGUAUACUACAGACAAUCUAUAUUAGCCUUAGCUAAUCAUUCAUCUAGUCAUUUUUACAGUAUAAAUUAAGAUAUUGUACAUUUUAGAUGAUCUUACAGCAAGACUAGUUGUAAUGUGUGACUGUAUAAAACUUCAAAGAUAAAAUAAAACAUUUUUUGUAAC